AUGAAGCUUAUAAUCAUUAUCGUGACAGUAUUCGUAGCUAUAAGCAGUGCUGAUGAGGCUCCCAAUGCACCAGCAGCGGCCGCUGCAAGUCAAAACACUUGCAUACGCAGAAAUGAAUACAUUCAAAUUAAUGGACAGUGCGACGCAUACAUGGAAUGUAGAGACUAUGUACCUGUACAAAAGCUGUGCCCCGAAGGCCUCCAUUAUGACCCAUCAGUGGCUUGGCCAAUCUAUCCCUGUGGAUAUCCAUCGGACGUUACUUGCCCGGAUCACAGUGCUAUUCAGCCUGUUAAAUCAACACCCGAUUGCCCACAUCAAUACGGAUACUUCCCAUCACCUGUAGCCGCUCCGAACGACUGUGGACAAUACCGUAUGUGUAUCUUGGGCAAACCCUACGAAAUGGUGUGCCCCGUCGGCCUUGCCUUCAACUUUGCAUCUGACCGCUGCGAUUGGCCCGAUCUUGUUCCUACUUGUGACGUAGAAAAAUACCUUGGAUUCCAGUGCCCACCCGCCAGUUUCGAUGAAAGUGGAAACCCAAUUAAAACGAACCACAGUUACAAAGACAACUGCUACGCGUUUUAUUCCUGCUUGGGCGGCAAGCCACGCCUAUUAUCUUGUGAUUCUGGCUUUGCAUUCGACUCCGUUUCUGGAGAAUGCGUUGACGCCGACAGCGUGUCUUGUGCCUCCAACCCACAACCGCAAAGUGCUGUAAAUCAACCUAAUGCUUCAUAA